UAGAGGAGGGAGGUGUGAUGUGGGUCUGUGCCCCUCCCCCCAGUAUAGAGCAAAUGCUGGCCGCCAACCCUGGCAAGACCCCGAUCAGCCUUCUUCAGGAGUAUGGGACCAGAAUAGGGAAGACGCCCGUGUACGACCUUCUCAAAGCCGAGGGCCAAGCCCAUCAGCCUAAUUUCACCUUUCGGGUCACCGUUGGCGACACCAGCUGCACUGGUCAGGGCCCCAGCAAGAAGGCAGCCAAGCACAAGGCAGCUGAGGUGGCCCUCAAACACCUCAAAGGGGGGAGCAUGCUGGAACCGGCCCUGGAGGACAGCAGAUUCUUCGCUGCCUGAGGACGUUCCUGAUUUUAUUGCUGCUGCAGUUGCUGCUCCUGUUCCAUCUGCUGGCCUCAC